UCAGAACCGAAUAAUAUUUCGGGUCCGCGCCGGUAACUUGUUGCUGCCGAUAUCUACUAACACCGUCCACCGGUGAAUUAUGAGCGACGAGAAGAGUAAAUCCGGCACCGGAGAUGAAAAUAUGGUACGGAUAACUCUCAGAAUGAUUGGUCCUUCUCGUCCAUCUUCCAUGGAUGUCCAUUCUCCGAUCAAAGUGCGUGAUUUGAGAGCUCUGAUUGCUGGAAAUGCUCGAUUGCCUCUUGAAAACUUGAGGCUUAUUUUGCAAGGAAAUGUGUUACAUGACAGCAAAUAUGGUGAUGAUAUAUCUGUUCAUUUCAACAAUGGAGAUACUCUUAUAGUUGCUGUUAAACCAAAGCCUCCUGCCAAACACAUUCAGAAUGGAUUUGAGGAUGAGGAAGAGGAACUGAAGUUUCAGCUCCCAGAAUUAAAUAGCGGAUGGAAGAAGAGGCUUUUCAUUAUUCUACAUGAAAAGUUGAAGAUACCUGAUAUGGUUCUGAUGGCAAUCUUCUCUCUCAGUCUGAAGGUGUGGGCCCUAAUCAUUAUGUGGUUUAUCUUAGCACCUAUUGCUCAUAGAUGGGAUAUUGGACCUUUAUACAUACUCGGAACUGGCUUUGCCAUCAUCUUUUUGAAUCUUGGCCACCGGCAACAGGGUGAUAUGAGUGCUUAUUCGAUAUUCAACGAAGAUUUUAGAGAACUUCCCGGGACAUUUAAUGCAGAACGAGUCGAUAGAGAUAUUCGGGCGGGCCAAUUUUAAUUAUUUGUGUUUUAAAUUUAAAAAUCUAAAUCAUGUUGAUUAUUGUUUUGUAUCAUACUCAUGUACAAAAGGUAUAGAUAUAGCUAAUCCAAAAAAGUUGGUACUGGAUUUUUGUUUUA